UAUUUUUGUGUUGUAUUUUGUAAAAUACUUGUGUAGCAUUUAUUGGAACAUUUAUUUUAUAUUUGUAAUUUAGAAUAAUGUGUACAAAAUAUUAGAUAACAAAUGGUUUUUCUUUUUGUUGGAUAUUUGCAUGAUUUACAAUUCAAAAUUUAGGAUUUUCUAAGCAUAACUUGCUAGACCGUCGCUCUCAAAAUGUCUGCGGAUUCGGAUAUGGAGUACUCUGAUAAUGAUGCAGACGAAUACGAUUACUACGGUGAACAGGAUGACUGCGACAUGGAAACGGAUGAUCGGAGCAAAGAUGAUCCUGAAUAUUUUCAGUUCACCUGUCUGAAGGUAGAAGAAGUAGAAAAAUUGUUAAACGAAUCGAUCGAGCUCCUAAGUGAUAGCCUCCAGAUUACGCCCUCGCUCGCUAAGGUUUUGCUACACGCUUAUAAAUGGAAUGCCCAAGAGAUUAUUAAGAAAUACAAAGAAAACUCCAACGAAGUCUUAGUCUACAGCCAUGUAAAGCCUAAAUUACCAGGAACUCAGAACAGUACUAGUCGCUUAGUCUGUGCAGUAUGUGCCAGUACUCCACCAUUACAAAAAUAUAGUGCUUUGGCUUGUGGACAUUAUUUCUGUAAUGAAUGUUGGGCAAUGCACUUUGAAGUACAAAUAAUGCAAGGUGUUUCGAAUACAAUUCAAUGUAUGGCACAAGAAUGUGAGGUGAUUGCUCCUGAAGACUUUGUCCUGUCCCAUGUUGCUAAGCUGUCACUCAGGGAGCGCUACCAACAGUUUAUGUUCAAGGAUCAUGUGAAGUCCCAUCCUCAACUUAGAUUUUGUCCCGGUCGCAAUUGUCAGUGGAUUUAUCAAGCUAAUGCGAGAGAGGGGGCACGUCGUGUGGAAUGCCGAGGCUGUGAAUUACUGACUUGCUUCUCUUGUGGUGCCCCGCACCACGCUCCAACUGACUGUACCACAAUAAGACGCUGGCUAACUAAAUGUGCUGAUGAUUCAGAAACUGCAAACUAUAUAAGCGCACAUACUAAGGACUGCCCUAAAUGUCAGAUAUGUAUUGAAAAGAAUGGAGGUUGUAACCAUAUGCAAUGUGGGGCAUGUAGACAUGAUUUUUGUUGGGUGUGUCUUGGAGAUUGGAAGUGUCAUGGCUCUGAAUAUUAUGAGUGUAGCAGAUACAAGGAGGAUCCUAAUUUAGCUAAUGAUAGUCAACAUGCUCAGGCACGAGAAGCUCUUAAGAAAUAUUUGCAUUACUAUGAACGGUGGGAGAAUCAUGCAAGGUCCUUAAAAUUGGAAGAGCAAACACUAGCAAGUCUCAAAAGCCGCAUCAAUCAGAAGGUUAUGGCUGGAGAAGGCACUUGGAUCGAUUGGCAAUAUCUCUGGGAUGCAGCAAAGCUUCUCAAAAGAUGCAGAUAUACAUUACAGUACACCUACCCCUUUGCCUAUUACAUGGAAGUUGGUCCUCGUAAAGAGUUAUUUGAAUAUCAACAGGCCCAGUUGGAAGCUGAGAUAGAAAAUUUGUCUUGGAAAGUUGAAAGAGCAGAAACUACUGAUAGAGGAGAUUUAGAAAACCAAAUGGAUAUAGCAGAAAAGCGCCGCACUACAUUGCUCAAAGAUUUUUUGGAGUUUCAUAUAAGCAAUGCUUCAAGUAGCAAAGUAUAAAUAAGUAACAUGCAAUUACCUUAAAAUUAUAUUAUAUUAUUAUGUAUUAAUUACAACAAUGAGCUCGGUUAAGAUUGAGUAUUAGAUAAGUUAGAUUUUUCUUUUGCCAAAGUAUAUUUAUUAACAUAACUUUGCAAUAAAAUAGAUAAUAAUGGCUGUUGUGUU